AUUUCCGAUAGUCGCAAUCAGUCGGCCAAUUCACUUACUCUGAGGUAGCCGCCGUCCCAUUGAUCAUCUAAUUUUCCUCUUCUCGCACUUCAAGACCUAACCACUUCACCUAAUUACUAGUCUUUCUCUCGAUAAACAAGCCGUCACAAUGUCCGCAUCCCUCUUCCGCGCUACUCCGGUCGCCCGCAGCGCUCUGCGCGCCGCCAGCGCCGUUAAGCCCGCCGCUACCUUUGUCCGCGGCAAGGCCACUCUUCCCGACCUUCAGUACGACUACGGCGCUCUUGAGCCCUACAUCUCCUCCAAGAUCAUGGAGCUCCACCACUCCAAGCACCAUCAGACCUACGUCAACGGCCUCAAUUCGGCCCUGACCACCAUUGCCGAGGCCGAGUCCAAGGGUGACUUCACCAAGGCCGCCUCGGUCGCCCCUCUCCUCAACUUCCACGGCGGCGGCCACCUCAACCACACCUUGUUCUGGGAGAACCUGGCCCCCGCCUCGCGCGAGGGUGGCGGUUCACCCGAUGGUGCUCUCGGCAAGGCCAUCACGACCGAGUUUGGUUCUUUCGAGAGCUUCGUCAAGCAGAUGAAUGCUGCGCUGGCCGGCAUCCAGGGCUCGGGUUGGGCGUGGUUGGCCAAGGAUAAGGCUGCGAACGGCAAGCUCGCGCUGAUUACCCGUGCCAACCAGGACCCUGUUACUGGUAACUAUGUGCCCCUGUUGGGCAUUGACGCGUGGGAGCAUGCGUACUACUUGCAGUAUGAGAACAGGAAGGCAGAGUACUUUGAGGCGAUCUGGAACGUGAUUAACUGGAAGACUGUUGCCAAGAGGUUUGAGGCUUAAGUUGUAUAUACCUUGGGGUGUAGUAGCAGGGGCGCUUUAAUUGACUAAUGUGUUGCUGCUGUGCAGAAAGCUUGUGA